ACUAACAGACGCACAGCGAGUGAGAUUCCAGGAGGAGAGAGAUUAAUGGAGAGUGACGGAAGAUGGUCCCUCGCCGGGAAAGCCGCUCUAGUAACCGGCGGUACUCGUGGAAUCGGGCGAGCAAUAGUUAAGGAGCUAGCAAGACUCGGUGCAAAAGUUCAUACUUGUUCAAGGAACCAGGAAGAGCUUAAAGCAUGCUUGGAUGAUUGGAAGUCCAACGGUUUAGUGGUAUCCGGUUCAGUCUGUGAUGCUUCGGAUAGGGAUCAGAGGGAGAAGUUAAUUCAAGAAGUUUCCUCUGCUUUUAGCGGCAAGCUCAACAUCCUUGUAAAUAAUGUUGGAACGAGUGUAAGGAAACCAACAAUGGAGUACACGAGUGAGGAUUAUGUGAAAAUCAUGUCGACCAACUUGGAGUCCGCUUUCCAUAUUUCCCAAAUUGCACAUCCUCUUUUAAAAGCAUCUGGGGUUGGUAGCAUUGUGUUCAUCUCCUCUGUAGCUGGCCUGGUCCGUCUUAGUACUGCAUCUAUCUAUGGUGCAACGAAAGGAGCACUUAAUCAGCUUACAAGGAAUCUAGCUUGCGAGUGGGCAGGCGACAACAUCAGAACCAACUCCGUGGCGCCAUGGUACAUCAAGACCUCACUUGUUCAACCGCUACUUGAGAAGAAAGGUUUUGUUGACGCUGUAGUUGACCGCACCCCACUUGGGCGCGUUGGAGAACCAGAGGAAGUCGCAUCGCUGGUUGCGUUCCUCUGUCUUCCCGCAGCCUCUUACAUCACUGGACAGGUCAUUGCUGUUGACGGAGGAUUCACAGUCAACGGUUUCAGUUACGUUAUGUAACCACAACCUCUCAUCGCCACUUUACUAUUACUACAGCAAGAACCCCCGUUCUUGAGGCCUUUUCAUGGUGGUCUUGUUUGACGUCUUUAAACCUGUAGUAACAUUCUCGCAUUUGUAUUUUCAACUUUUGUUUAGUGACUGAACCUUGCAUUUAGUUCAGAGUUUUUUUAGAGGUCCC